UUGGUUCAUAACUUUUGAUUUUAUCGAAAAUUCAUCAAAUUUCCAUUAUUUUUGUUCAUGGAGCACGUGAUUUAUAUACAGUUAUUCGAAUAUGGCGCUGAGAAUAGUUGCGACGUGAAUUCAGACAAAAUUCAAAGAGUGAGUGGAAGAGCGGGUGACAGUCAACUUUUCCCAUCAAUGUGGCGCCGGCGGUGAUUGAAUGAUAAAUUGGACGUGAGCGUGAGCGCUGAUUUUGUAUAAGAAGCAGCACGGGGUUACGGAGGCCGCGGUGUUACCAGAUUUCACUGAGGAAUCCAAAAGGAGACUCUUUUGGAAUCACAACCGUCAUCAAGGCACGCGCGGUCAGCCGACGCUCUUGUGAAGAGCCUCGUUAAUUUAUUCGAAUGACGAUGACAGUGUGCUGACCGUUUUGCCAAUUCGGAAGCCAUGGCGAAUAUCGCGGCGCAGCGAAUUCAACGGGAAUUCAAAGAGGUUAUAAAGAGCGAGGAGGUUGCAAAGUGUGCGAUUAAGGUUGAAUUGGUAAAUGAUAGCUUCACCGAGCUUAAGGGAGAAAUCGCCGGGCCACCGGACACGCCAUACGAAGGAGGAAAUUUCGUUCUCGAGAUUAAAGUACCCGAGACGUACCCUUUCAACCCUCCUAAAGUACGUUUCAUAACAAAAAUAUGGCACCCCAACAUAUCAUCUGUAACAGGUGCCAUUUGCUUGGACAUAUUGAAGGACCAGUGGGCGGCGGCGAUGACGCUCCGUACGGUUCUACUCUCUCUACAAGCUCUCCUUUCUGCUGCCGAGCCCGAUGACCCCCAGGACGCGGUGGUAGCUAAACAGUACAAGGAACAGCCCGAUAUGUUUCGACAAACUGCCAAGCACUGGACGUCCGUAUACGCCGGCGGACCGGCAAAGAUGCCUGAAUUAGAUGACAAGAUAAGAAGAUUAACGGAUAUGGGAGUCGAGGAACACAAUGCAAGAGUUGCUCUUUCCUCAUACAACUGGGACUUGGAACGUGCCACUGAGCAACUCUUCAGUUAGUGAUAACUGGAUAGAUCUUGACUCGUCUCAUAUCCACCCGUCGCAACGCAAAACCAUCAUCCAUGAUCCAUCCUGAAUCCCCAUGAUCCUCUCUCAUUAACAAAUAUCCCAUAUACGAACAUCACACGCGAAAAACGCCAUGUUACGGUUGCUUCUAUACGAUGAAAAAAACAGCAAAAAUCACUACGAUCCGUAACUACGACAAUAUUCCAACGAUGCGGUAAAUUAUUGAAGCGAAUUCAUUCCCGAGCUCCCCGACCGGCAUAGUGGUUCAUUUAACUUGUAAAAUAGGCAUGAGAAACGAUAAUUAAUAAAAAGUGUUUAAGCUAAAAUUCGACUAGUAGGUAUACGAUAACUAUACCUGGGGAAGAGCUUUUUUGAACACAUGGUGCGCUUCAAGCAUUUUCAUACGCGUGAAGAAGCACGAUUUUAAGUGUAUUUGUAUGAUCUCUCAUACCUACGGGACUAUCGCGUGGAUCUACCUGAUCAUCUUGUUGGUAUUACUCUGUGAAAUACAGCUUUUUAGGAUGAUGAGUUUGAUAAAAUCAAAUUAAAGUUAUUUAAUUCAUCGAAGCUCAUCUAGCCGCCUGUUGGCAAAUACAGAACGAUGAUUAGAUUCUGUUAUCACAAUUUUACCUAAUUCCUAUAAUCCUAUCGGAACAAAGUAUAUGGAAGAUCAUGGCGAUCAGUAUACAGUCAUUCUAACGAAUCAUUUAGAAAAGAAUUAACAAAGUUGCGAAGAGUUUCAGCCCUAGUCUCAAGUAGAAGCUGUGAAAUACAUGCGCUUGAAUUUUAUCCAUAUUGCGAAUACUUACGCUUCCAUAUUUCCAAUCUUCUAGGAAAUACGAAUUCUCAAUAUAAUAUUGUUGUCUCAAAAAUGAUUAUUUGAGGAAAUCAAUUCAUUCUUUUUCGAUGCAAAUCCGUCGAUAGUCUAUAGUUAUACGAAAAUUUUAAUCUAAUUUCUUUAAUUCCUUUCUUUUAAAAAUGAUUAUUUCUAGCGCUGAUUAUUUGAGAAAAUUAAUUCAUUUUUUUUUAAUGCAAUUCCGUCGAUAGUCUAGUUAUAUUAAAAUUUUAAUUUAAUUUCUUUAGUUUCUUUCUUACAUACCCUCCACCUGUAAGCCAUCGAGGAACUCUCAUUUGAUUAGAACUAAAGGAAUGUACAUUACUAAAAUAGAUGACAAUUCAAUUAGUAGUAAAUCACACUUGUAAAAAGAAAAAACAAAACGUACUCUUUAACAUUAUAUUGUUAAUAUUUAAAUUUUGUACAUUUUCGGUGUUGGGUUUAUAAUGUCCGAUGAGCUACACCUGUUUAUCGUUACACAGAUGCGCAUUUGUAUCUUUCUCCUACUCUCUCUUUAUUUCCUUAAACACAACACCUUUCGUGUUCGAAGCUAGUGGAUUACAUUCCAGGCUCAGGAAAUAAGUUGCAUUUACCCAUUGCUAUUGUUCAUGUAAACUAAAUACAACCUGGCCUUCGAAUACGUACAUUUCACGAAGUGAACUACCGUUACCCUUGGAAGAUUUCAUACCACGAAUCACGUUUCUUUAUAAACAUCUCCAAAAAGCUUGGUAUUAUAUAGGCUUCAAGCGAGUACUGAUUCGAUACAUGAUUGUAAUGUAAAAUACGAUCUCACUUUACAAUUAUAUUGAUGAAAUUUGACUUUGAUCGAGUAAUUACAUAAUGGAUUUUAAGUGAUUUUUAUUGAUAAUUUAAAUAUGAACUAUAUAAAUAUUUACUCUGGGUGAUUAAUAUUUAAUGAAUUAAUAGGAAAACCAAUUUUGCAAGUGAUCUUUUUAUGCAAAGUAGAACUCUCUUAAGAAUCGACUUUGUCAUAAGUGUGCGAAGGGAAUCUUGGAUGUGAAAUCUUUCUCUUAGGUAUCUUGAAGACACCUUUUGCAUUUCUAGUAAUUUAUACGGAGGCUGUGUUGUUGAUGUGUCAUUAAGUGAAAGAGAAUUGUUGCAUUCAGCAGAAAUAACGAAUGGUUCAAAUAACUAAAUAAAUCUAAUUCGUGUUCAUCUGCGAUGGCAUCGAAUGGAAUAUUAUUCAAGGAGUUUAAUUCAUAAAUGAUAUUUCUGCUGAUGGCACACUAUAAUAUGAUCCGACACACCACGUAGGACUUGCAAUACGGAUGAAAAUGAUAAACUUUAUCUCGUAAUAUGGAAUGCUGAGAUGCAGCUCUUUUUCAGACAAAGAUUAGGAUCCGUAUGCAGUUUGAAGGUUUAAUUAAUGUAAAAUAAUAUCUCGAGAAUAUUAAUAAACGAUUCUUUUUCAA